AUGGGAUCGAAGGAUAACAAGGUGGAGCUUUUACAGACAGCCAUUAAACAGUUAAUCGAUGAAGAGAAAGCCAAGACCAAAAAUAGUGAAGACAGUUUUGUUGCAGUCAGUGGAAAUGAAGAUGCUGGUGCUGUUGAUGAUGAUGAUGCAGCUGACCACCGCCUCCUCUCCAAACUACUGUCGCAGUUGGAAACGAUGAAAGAUGAUGAUACACCUCCGGAACCCAACAUUCAGAAUGUGAAUUUGAACGAAGUUGGCGAGAACAUUGAGGAUUCCGGCAGCACCAGCUCUGACAUUAGCAAAGACGACAUAGUUGGGGAACUGAAAAAGAUCCGUAGGCAAAAUUUCAUCACCCACUGUCUUCUGUCAGCCAUGAUUGUCCUCACGAUUACAUGGCAAGUUUCUGAAGUCUCACUCAUUUUGAAGGUCAAAGAUGGAUUGAGCAACCCGUUUAGAACCUUAGGUGGCUUGUUUAAAGGGAUGAUUAUGAAGCCCCAGGCUUCGACUGAUCAUGAAGAAGACAAGCAGGUUUCUAGCGCUGAUAAGCAAAAUCCCCUGCUUACAACCUCACCCCUUCCAGGUCUCAAAAUCCCGAAGUUGCCCCAUGUGGAACUCCCUGCCUUUGAUUUGGAUCAUGAAGACGACUAG